UAUUCACGAGCUAACAUUUAUGAGCCAUUAUCGUCGGCUCAAGGAUCCGCUCAACAGUCCCGUCACGCUCGCCAUGUGCAUCGACACGAUCGCCUAUUUUUAUCCACAACUAAAUUACACGCCCCUCGAAAAACGACAAUUGGCCGAAUUCUUUUACGGAUGUGAUGGUGGAGUACGCCGAAGCUCGUCGCCUAGCUACUGUUGCUCUACUGAUAUGUGACGAUCUCGAAGCACAUGAAAGUGGACGCAUGUCUCAAGUUGAGCGUGUUAUGCUCCGUCGGCAUUAUGUAGCCCUUCAUAUAUGGGAAGGAGUUAUCAAUGUUUUCCUAGAGUUGAAGUUUGACUUUUCACGGGUGCCAGCGGUUAGCACGGAGCUUCUCGAGGGUGAAUCAAGUGAGAUUGGGCAAUAUCUGAAUAUGUGGAAUUUGAUGACACAGCUGAUCGGAUCGCCUUAUAUCACGAUAUUGAUGCUGCAAAUCGGUCGCGCAGUCCAUGGACAAUCAUAUGAACUGACCUUGGACAUGAUACUACAAUUUGAACAAAAGGUCCUUGAAUGGUGGGAUAACCUUCCUGACGACUUUCGGAUAUGUGACGAUCCAUUUACACCAGCAGUUGAACAAGUGGUUGACAGCAUUACGUCGUCUGUCGUCUUGGUGCCAUUUGCUAUUCUGCACGCUUUGUCGGCGCUAGUACAAUCGUCGUUAUUAAGGCCACCAAGCGUGAGCCUUCAAAAUUCUGCGACUGAUGAUAUGAUUCGGAUCAUCCAGGAAAAAGCUACUUCAAUCACUCUCAGCUCUACAAAGGCGCUCGUCUACGUCAUGAAGCGAAAUCUUGAAGUUGAUGUUGAAGCUGUACCAUUAUCCAUUGGAUAUAUGUUAGGUACACUGCAUGCAGUUUGCAGUAUUGUAAACAAUUGCACCACGGACGGUGUCCAGCUUCCCGUCGAAGUUUUUGAUCUAUUGUUUCGGUGUUUUACCCAGAUCAAUGCCCUCUUUCCUCCAGGACAUCAAGUUCCAGCCUCAUCAUCUACUCUUGAAGCGUUCAUGGCUGAUUUCAAGAACUUCAAGAACGUUGAUCGGAACAUUCCGUUUCCGACAAUUAAACGGAGGGGUUGACAGCAAGACUUGCUAUUGUGCAACAUCGAUUUACGCCGCGACGAAACAACUCGAAAAACCUGCUUUAAUACAGAUUCUCCA